CAAUAUGUUGCAGCCCGUGACCCAGCUUACUACUUUUUUUUCCCUCGAGCCCACCGCCUUUGGCCCCGUCUCGGGUCUUCCAUAACCUCCUCCCACUCCUGGGUAAAAAAAUGGUUCUUCCUUCAACCCUUCUCUUCCAACCAAUAUACAUCCUAGCCCCAACACGUGGUUCUAGUUUUUGUCGCCGUCAACAUAUAUUAUCGAAGGUGGCUGCCAAUUUCCAUCUCGCGAGCACCAAAAUCCUCGAUGACUGAACAAUCAUGAAUACGCCCUUCACAAACUUUCCCGCUCCCAUUUCCGCCAAUGGCUCCGACGCUGGCAGAAGGAAUUUUACCGGGUUUCCUGCCUUCUGGCUAGCGAGCCAGCAAGACGAUGACUUGGGCCAAACAACACGAGUGUCUGUUUGGAUACUGGUAGCGGCGUCGCUGCUAUUCAUCCUCAUGCGGAUUUACUGCAAGCUCGCCAGGCACCGAACGCUCCACGCGGAUGACCAUUUUGCUAUCGCUGCAUGGCUGGCACUGCUUGGGAGUGCCAUCUGCACAAAUGUGGCCGUCGACCUGGGAUACGGCAAGCAUGUGUGGCAGAUACCGCGCGAACGUAUUAACGAAAUGUCCCUGAUUGGGCAGAUUUCUGUCACGCUGGCCAUUUGCAGCCAAUCGUGGAGCAAGUCAUCCUUUGCUAUCACGCUCCUCAUGAUAUCGGAUGGUAUUCACGGCAAAACCAGAAUCUUCAUCUGGUUUGCCAUAGUAUCCAUGAAUCUAUUGUUCGGUGUUUCGGCUAUGCUAUUCUGGGUCGGCUGCACACCGGUUGAAAAGGCCUGGCAUCCAUUCACGAAGGGGACUUGCUGGGGCCCUAACGUCAUCAUCACAUAUGGCAUCUUCACGAGUGCAUACUCGGGAGUUCUGGACCUGGUUCUUGCAAUCAUCCCCUGGAAGAUUAUCAUGGGGCUUCAAAUGCAGACCAAGGAGAAGUUUGGCGUUGCUUUGGCGAUGAGUAUGGGAGUUUUCGCUGCUGCUUCGGCAUUCAUUAAGUGCUCGUCACUCCCAGAGCUGGGUGGGCGAGACUUUCCACAUGACGGCGUGACAUUGGUCAUAUGGGGCAGCGCAGAGGCUGCCGUGACUAUCAUGGCGGCUUCCGUUCCUAUGCUGAGAAUGUUGGUGCGCAGUGUGAAGCCUUCGCAGAGACGCCAUCGGCCAAGCCAAAACAGAUCCAGAAGACCGCUGGUGGAGACCGCGGCAUCUUCCAAACGAGUUUACUACAACAGGCCAAGAACGGAUCUUGUUACAAUGACUGGGUCGACGUGGACUAGUGGGACUCGUUAAUGGUAAUAGUUCACGGAGUUAGUUGCUUGAAGCGCGGAGUCCAAGGUGUCAAUGGAGAAGACCAUCUCUAAUUUCGGAAACGGGGUUCAUUUGGCGCAUCGUAAUAGAUUUGGGAGUCCACGGAACAGACAAUAAGUAUGGCGUUGAUGACACCUUUCGGAAUGUGCCCACGGUAUUGAGAGAGCGAAACGAAGCAGUGGAGGUCUGGAUGGCUCAAGCGAAGGACGAAUUCGGUAUCGGCCAGAAUGCCAAGACCGCGAUGUCAACUUUGCCACCGUUUUGGGUAUCUUCAGAUACGUUUGCC